AUGCCCAUCACCCUCAAGCGCAAAGCACCAGACGCUGACCCUCCUCUUCCUCGCUCGACAGCCAUCCCCACCGCCCUCCCUCCCUCGGUCGAGGAGGCCUACCGACGGAAAUGCAUCCAGCUGAAGAACCGCACGAGCGAAGUUGAAGACGCAAACGAUGCCGCACGCCUCCGCCUCGCCCGUAUCAAGCGCCAGGUCGAGAAGCUGCGAAUAGAGCGCGCCUUCUUGCUCGAACAACUCGCGAAGCGUACCAGCGCCAACGUCGAAGAUUCUGAUGGCAGCCCCAGCCCGCCUCCUACAGACUACCAAUUCGCCAUCCCCAGUGAGUUAGCUGCUAACCCCCAGAAGCCCAAGGAUAAGCCGUUGCGCACCAAGCGAGGCCACCGAAAGUCCAUGAUGCCGGACGCCGAGGCCAAGGCACCUGGCGGUGCCUCGUUCAACACCCAGAACGCUGGCUCGCCCACGUCUGAGACCUUUUCGCACCCGCCCGAGAGCCAGUCCAAGGGCCCGCGCGCCAACGGCGUUUCUAAGGAAGCCAAGAAGCCCGCCGACGCCUUUGAGCUGUACUGCUCCGAGACACGACCUGCCCUCGAGGCUAAGCACAAGGACGGUGACGCCGAAGUCGACGUGGAGAGUGAGCUGGCCCGCGGCUGGAAGGAACUGCCUGAAGCCGAUAGGGACGAGUUUCAGGCCAAGUUCGAACAGUCACAGGCUAAGAGCUCUGAACCUAAGGAGACACCUGCCGAGGAUAAGAAGGAAGAGGAGAAGCCCGAAGAGACCAAGCCCGCAGCUCAAGACGAGGAUGUCGAGAUGGGCGACGACACCGAGGACCAGGAUACGCAGGCGGGUGAGAAGGCAGGAGAGUGA